AUGGCUGCGGAGAGCAGCGAGAAAUGGGUUCUGGCGCUCACAGCACAGACUCCGACGAACAUAGCAGUGAUAAAGUACUGGGGGAAGAGGGACGAAGACCUCAUCCUUCCGAUCAACGACAGUAUUAGCGUAACUCUCGACCCGGACCACCUCUGCACCACCACCUCCGUUGCCGUCAGUCCGUCUUUCACCCAUGAUCGCAUGUGGCUCAACGGCAGGGAGGUGUCUCUUUCCGGAGGCAGAUUCCAGAAUUGCCUGAGGGAACUUCGGUCGCGUGCUAGCGAUGUUGAAGAUGAGGAGAAGGGUGUUAAGAUAGCCAAAAAGGACUGGGAGAAGUUGCAUCUUCAUAUUGUUUCUUUUAACAAUUUCCCUACUGCUGCUGGUUUAGCUUCGUCGGCUGCGGGUUUGGCAUGUCUCGUUUUCUCCCUGGCUAUGCUAAUGAAUGUGAAAGAAGAUCACAGUAAACUGUCAGCUAUUGCGAGACAAGGUUCAGGAAGUGCUUGUCGCAGCCUGUAUGGCGGAUUUGUCAAGUGGAUCAUGGGGAAAGAAGAAAAUGGUAGCGAUAGUAUUGCUGUUCAACUUGCAGAUGAGAAGCACUGGGAUGACCUUGUUAUUAUAAUUGCAGUGGUAAGUUCACGACAGAAGGAAACAAGCAGCACUUCUGGAAUGAGCGAUACUGUCAAAACCAGUGAGCUCAUAAAGCAUAGAGCAAAGGAAGUUGUACCAAAAAGGAUAAUACAGAUGGAGGAAGCAAUUAAGAAUCGUGAUUUUCCAGCUUUUGCUCGUCUGACAUGUGCAGACAGUAAUCAGUUUCAUGCAGUCUGCCUCGAUACCUUACCCCCUAUCUUCUACAUGAAUGACACAUCUCACAGGAUUAUCAAUGCUGUUGAGAAAUGGAAUCGCCAUGAAGGAACACCGCAGGUGGCUUAUACAUUUGAUGCUGGGCCAAAUGCAGUACUAAUUUCUCACAACAGAAAGACUGCCGCCCUUUUGCUUCAGAGGCUGCUCUUUUACUUCCCUCCGCAAUCAGAGACUGAUCUGAACAGCAAAUUGGAAUUAUCUUUUAAUUUUUUUUCCGAAUUUUAUCUCGAUAAGGAAGUGAAAUCUGGUUCUGGCUCUGAUUAUGGAUCAGAGAAUAGAAAAACCGGGCCCGAUGAUGAUGCAUUAGCUGCUUCUUCUAAUAAACAAGCAGUUUCUGAUACUGAUAUAUUCGAGGAGGAACUCAAAUCUGGUUCAACAUCUGAGAGAAAGGAGAGAAAGGUAGAGCCUGAUGAUGCAUCUUUUCCCACUUCUGUCGCUAAGAAACCGGAAACCUCUGAUGUCGGCACUACUAUUGGGCAUGAUGAGGAGGAGGAGGUUGAUAUGGAUACUGACUAUCUUGAGAAUGCACCACCCGUGUUUGAGUUAAAGUAUCAGACUACUCUUGAUAUGAAAGAUGAUGAUUUGAAAGAUGAGCUUGCUAAACAUUUUGAUCGUGGAUCAGACCAAUUCAAGACGGCACUUCAAAUUAUGGGUGAUGAUCUGCGUGCUUAUAAGGCGGCUCGACUUGGCAGGGUUUCUGAUCAUCCUAAUGGCGGUACCGUUUAUGUGGGAGCUUUAUUGCACGAAGAUGGUAGUCUUUUGUGUUCAUUCUUUAACUGA